AGAGAGAGCAAAAAGCAGGGAGGGAGAGAGGGAGAUGAGCAUCUUGUUCCAAUGAAACAUCAAGCAGUGUGACGAUGACGGCGAAAGGCAGACAUAAAGCGGUCCCCUUCCCUCUGGCCCACCGGCUUACCAUGAAGGAGGUGUUUGAUGCUGAAGGCCGGCCGCGGGUGGACCUGCUGAAAGCUCACCUUACCAAGGAAGGUCGGCUGGAGGAGGCCGUGGCCCUGCGCAUCAUUGAUGAGGGCGCCGCCAUCCUGCGCCAGGAGCGCACUAUGUUGGAUAUUGAGGCGCCAGUCACAGUGUGUGGUGAUAUCCACGGCCAGUUUUUUGACCUGAUGAAGUUGUUUGAAGUGGGAGGUUCUCCUGCCAAUACCCGCUACCUCUUCCUAGGGGACUAUGUGGACAGGGGCUACUUCAGCAUCGAGUGUGUGUUGUACCUGUGGUCGCUGAAAAUCCUCUACCCAAAGACACUCUUUCUUCUACGGGGAAACCAUGAAUGUAGACAUCUGACUGAGUAUUUCACCUUCAAACAAGAAUGUAAGAUCAAGUACUCAGAGCAGGUGUAUGACUCCUGCAUGGAGGCGUUUGAUUGCCUGCCCCUGGCAGCCCUGAUGAACCAACAGUUCCUGUGUGUGCAUGGGGGGCUUUCACCAGAGAUCCACACGCUGGACGACAUCAAGAAGUUGGACCGAUUCAAGGAGCCCCCAGCGUUUGGGCCCAUGUGCGACCUGCUGUGGGCCGACCCCCUGGAAGACUUUGGCAAUGAGAAAACCCAGGAGUACUUCGGUCACAACACAGUCAGAGGCUGCUCCUAUUUCUACAGUUAUCCAGCAGUUUGUGAGUUCCUACAGACCAACAACUUGCUGUCAAUCAUCAGAGCGCAUGAAGCACAGGAUGCUGGGUAUCGGAUGUACAGGAAGAGUCAGACUACAGGUUUCCCCUCCCUUAUUACUAUCUUCUCUGCUCCAAACUACCUGGAUGUCUACAACAAUAAAGCGGCAGUGCUGAAGUAUGAGAACAAUGUGAUGAACAUCCGUCAGUUCAACUGCUCUCCUCACCCCUACUGGCUGCCCAAUUUCAUGGAUGUCUUCACCUGGUCACUGCCCUUCGUGGGAGAAAAGGUGACUGAGAUGCUGGUCAAUGUUCUGAGUAUCUGCUCCGAUGACGAACUCAUGAACGACGGAGAGGAGAUUUAUGAUGCCAGUGCGGCAGCAGCCAGGAAAGAGGUGAUCAAAAAUAAGAUUCGAGCUAUCGGGAAGAUGGCGAAAAUGUUCUCUGUUCUACGGGAGGAGAGUGAGAACGUGUUGACCCUGAAGGGACUGACCCCUACAGGCAUGCUGCCCAGCGGAGUGCUGUCUGGGGGCAAGCAGACCCUGCAGAGCGCUACCAUUGAGGCCAUAGAAGCCAUCGAGACAGUUAAGGACGCUGAAGCCAUCCGAGGCUUCUCUCCACAGCACCGGAUCAGCAGUUUCGAGGAGGCCAAAGGUCUGGACCGGAUCAACGAGAGGAUGCCUCCGCGACGCGACGCUGUCAACAGUGUGGGCCUGUCAAUGGGCCGCAUGAACAUGGGAGAACCCAAUGGGACCGACAGCAACAGCAAUAUACAGUGAUGGACAUAUAUUUCCACAUGCCCAGACACAAACCUGCAGUUACAACUCUGAUAUGGUACCAUAUUUAUAGAUGUACAUAGGCACACACACACACACAUAUAUACACACGCAUCACACACAAACAGUGUUUCAGACACUUAGAUUACAGACAGCAUCACACACACAUGCAAUCACACAUACACAGAAGAUUACUCGCCCCUCUCCUGUUGCCCUCAGCUGUAUGUAAAGGCAUGAGCAUACCUUGACUUUACCACCUGAGGCUGUGUCCCUUCACAGAACUGAUUGGCCCUAUUUAGAGACCCACAGCUCCCAUGUACCUGCACUACAACAGGAAAGAAGCGACAAAAACACUCUCCAUGCAAAACAGGAGGAGCCGCUGUUCACCGUGUAUGUCAGGGGUCACCACUGGGUUGACAGCGUGAUGUGGCUGUGUCAGUGGUGGUUGUCAGUGGGGUCAAGUUUUUGCAGGGGGGCUGGUGAUCAGGAUGUGGGGAAUGAAAGAAUGAAAGAUUUGUUUGCUUCUUUUUCCUAUUUGCAUCAAAACAGGAAGUGGAAACAAAUUUGUGAUUGGUUGAUUUUAUCGGGUUUGUUGACAUGCCUGCCUGCGUGUGUUCACAUGCUUCAAACAUGUAAAUGUCCGUGUGGUAAUAUUUGAAAAUGUGUUUUGGUUUGCACACAUGAGCAGAUCUCGGCAUCAACCAGUUGAUACUGAGAGAGUUUUCAUCGUGUGGUGGUGUAUCUGCUGCUGAGAGAUGUGUGGAGAUAAUCUCAGCUGCAAUCUUAAUCUGAGCCCUCACUGUCCUUUUCUUCUCGGGAGGAGAUUCUUGUUUGCUUUUGUAGCACUGCACCGUUCCUAUCCUCUUCUUGAAACCUAGUGGAGGAUUGCCUCCCCCCCUAAAACACUCUGGUCACAGGUCAGUUAGCUCUCUGGGAAGGCUUGAAAGUGGACCUGAGUCCGAUUUGAAUCAAGUGUUACUCCCUACCUGUUGCUUGUAAAUAAGGUUACAUAAAGAGGUUUUAUUGCACAUCUGAUGCAUAUGGUCACGAGAUGCAGUAUAGUGGAAGUAGGAUGCUUUAUGUGUGUGAGGGAGCUGUGUGUGUGUUGGGGGGGGGUUGUCGAGGGUCGAAAUGAUAAGUCAUACUCUAUUCAUUCUGUUUUUACAUCCUCCUUUCCUCCCGUGUCGCUGUCUGCUACCAAACAGCAGUGAUGGCUGGGAAUGUCCAGCCUAAAUACAGGAAAUUAUAUUUAACAGAGGAAACAGACUCUUCUGGUUAAGGCAGCAGCCAAGACAACAAGAAGAACAAGUCUUUGUAAAGCAUUUAUAUUAACGCAUCAGUGCAUGCAGAGUUAAGUUCUUUGAUAAUAAUGUGAAGAUUAUAUUUGUGCUCUGUGUUUCACUAUGGUAGGAUUUUUUUUUGUUUUGUUUUUGUUUUUCUGGCUAAUAUAAAUGAACUGAGGAAUAACAAAUAAUUUAUUUUGUACAUAACAUUCAUUUUAUUUAUUUUUUGUAUUCUUUUUGCGUUAUAUCUUUUGUUCCUUUUUUCAUGUUUUGGUUUGUUUUUUCUUUUUCAAAACCCGUGUUUCUUGGUUUCUUUCGACGCUGUACAGAAUGACGUAGUACGCUUCUCUUCAAAGUGUCGAGUCCACGUUCUCUCCUCUCUUCUUUGUCGAUGUACAGGAGUUGUUUUUAAUGAUAAAUAUGAAUAAUGACAAACAAAUAUUAAACUAGCAUUGAAGAAUGACCAUACUAUAUACAGAGGCACAGGCAUUCAGGCAGCCAAAAGCAUGAUUGCAUGGUUAAAAUUUGCUCUGUUCAAAGCAAAAAGCAGCAAGACACAUUUUAACAGAAGAAGCGGUGUGUUGCCAUCACAGUUUAAAGGAAAAAAAAGUGUACUCUCUCUCUCUGAUCAUAAUUCUUGACGAUUCCUCUUGUUAUUUGAUGAUAUUUAUGAUUCUAUGAUUAUUAUGAUUCUAUUUAUUAUGGACAUUAUUCUUAAUAUUUAAGCUCUCUCUCUCUCUGCUGGUUGCUCUUUUUGUUGCAUUGCUCCUUGGUUGAUCUUGUUGUGCUUCUUUGGGAGAGGUGAACCCCCUGGGAGACCCUGUGCCAUAGAAAUUGUGCCACGGUUCUUACUCUUCUAUUCUUCUCUCUCUCUCUCUCUCUCUCUUUCUCUCUCUUGCCCCCCCCAAUUCUCUCUAUCUAUCCUCCUCUCUCCUCUCUUUAUGUUUUGACUCCCCAGUCACUAACACUGUAAGCAUGCCCCAUGGGACGAUCCACUUUUUUACUCUUGAAUAAAAUAUGCA